UAAAAAACCUCUAAAAAACGUAGCACAGAAAAGACGUGCAUUUUUACAAGCGGCUGUAAAGAAAUUAUAAAAUUUAGUAAUUUUUAAAGACUGCAAUAUUUAUACAAUGGGCGGUGCACGAGCUCGUGGACGUGGACGCGGUCGAGGACGUGGUAGAGGCAAGAAGAAGGAGACACUUGAUGGCAUUGGAGCAAGUAUAGCUGCCAACAGUGCACAAGACGAUACAGAAAGUUCUAAUCAACUACCCGAUACUGUUGAAGAUGUAACAAUGCAAGAGGGUGUUAAAGAAAGUGAAAUUGAUACGACAGUUCCGCCUGCACAAAUGGAAACGGAAGAUUUGACGGCAACUGCGACAACGACUACGGUAGGACCGCCUACCAUACCAGCUGUGGCGCUUGAAGAGCCUUUACAGCCGGCAACUGUUUUGCCACAAACAAUUGAUAUGGAAGCUGAUAUCUCACAACUGGAAGCACCAACAUUUACUACUAUUUCGCGCGGUCCACCCGAACCGAUGUUACGCCUCAAAUGGGAUCAUAAAGUAAACUUGAUCGGCGAAAAAGUGUUGAAUCCUAUGAUACACUGUUGCGAUCAAUGUGACAAACCGAUUUUAUUAUACGGUCGCAUGAUACCAUGUAAGCACGUAUUCUGCUUGAAAUGUGCACGUUCGGAACCAAUAAAGAUUUGUCCGCGCUGUAAUGAUAAGGUGUUGCGCGUUGAGCAAUCUGGCUUGGGCACAGUUUUUAUGUGUACACAUGGUGGUAGUCGUUAUGGCAAUACCGGUUGCAGACGUACAUAUUUGUCACAGCGCGAUCUACAAGCGCAUAUCAAUCAUAGACAUAUUACACAGCCAGCGGUAAUAGCACAACAACCACCACAAAUUAUACCUGCUAAUACUAUAAGUGGAGGCGUCAGUGAAUUAAAGACAUCAUCAUCAGCUGCUGAUGUGAAUAUGGAGACGGUAUUCAAGAGUGUUAGCGGCAAUGUACAACGAAAACUUUCGGAGUCGUCUAACAGUGCUACUACAAUACAAGCGCCAUCUGCUUUAUUAACACAACGACGUGCCACUACCAUAGGCAAUAUACCACCGCCCGGCUCCGUUAGCUCAACAUCCACACAAGGUUCUACACAUUCGCAUUCCUCCUUAACGCAGGCCAAUCUAGCGCGCAUUAACACAGCAAACGAACAAAAUUGUCAUCAAGGCAAAGUUGCAUUACAUCAGACAUUAAAGAAGACGCCUAUAACACAGUCGCAUCAUCAACCACCUGAAAGUGUAGCCGAUGCUUCCUAUUAUAGUAGCGUACUAAACUCCUUUGGCAGCAAUGAUGUCGAACAAAGUGGCGGUGGUAGUGGUAAUAUAACGUCAACAUCACAAACCAACUGUGCAACACAAAACACUUGGCAAUCAAAUCAGUACUAUAGAUGAAUGGUAAAUAUUAACAAAGAGCGUCUGGCAUUUGUGAUUGCAAUUAUGGCGAAGCAAUGAUAAUGCCACAUACAUACAUAUAUACGAAUAACUGAUGGUGACCAAUGAUGUUUGUUAUUUUUUAUAAGAAUUAGCGUUAAACACUAUCAGAUAAUCAUAAGACAAAAAAACUAUAUCGAUAUUACUUGAAUAAUAUCUAAAAAACAAUGACUGUAGCAGCUGUUGGCAAUUCAUGUAAUACCGUUCUUCGACUUUGUUUACGAAUAAAUAACGUUUGUCGUUCUAAUAGAAACAUCCAAAUCUCAAUAAA